UCUGAGGAGGAGUGGGAAGACGAGUCGACGGAGGUUGAUGACAAACUGAGCAGCCGUCGAUCUCCUGUACCUCCUGGUUUCGGGAGGGCACGCAAUUCUCGCCGCAGGAAGGUGGUGCACCGGGCAGUCAGUACUGUCUCUCAGACAGCGACCCCACGAAGGACACCUGGACCUCGCGACGAAUCUACUCCUGUGAUAGACCGGGAACAAGUCCAACAAGCUGUCGUUACUGGAGCAUCGUCUGCGUCCCGGUACUUGUACGAUAUUCUCUCGCUUGCGUUACGACUACUCCGCAAACCGCUUGGAAUACUCCUAUUCAUCUGGAUCUUGGGCGUUCUCUUCACGCGAAUGACGCAGACCUUCCGCACGGUCUUCUCGCCAUUUUGUAUCAUUCCCGGGAUCUCCAACUCUCCGUUAUGCCGCAUGCCACCGCCCAUCGUUAAUCUCAGCCCGAAAUGGGCAAACUUCACCCAGCUUGCCGAGAUGCAGGGCGCGACUUUCGAGCAGUUGUUGGACGAGUCGGUCACUGGUUCUAGCCUGAGCUUCGAGAUCAAGAAAGCAGAGAUGGCGACGAGCGAUCUUGUCACGCUCGUGCGCCAUAGCAAUCUGAUUAGCAGGGACCUUUUGGCAGAGUCAUUGGUCGAUUUUGUGGACGACGCAAGGAAGACAGGACGAGACUUGCACAAAUUGAGCUCGAAGAUCGGAGGAGCAGUGGAUAGUAUCAUGGCUGUGAACAACUACGCAAUCCGCGCCAUCGAAGCAGCGAACGAGAAGCCCCCAUCAUCUUUCUUGAAGAUUUGGCCAUUCGCGUCCUCUGUUACCUCUGCUGUGACACGAGCGAUCGUCCUGCAGACGUUCGCGGACUCCAUGGACGUCUCCGCGAGUCAGAUUCAACGAGUCAUCCUCGAGGCCGAGGUGAACCUCGUGAACCUCGAACGCCUCGAGGAGCACCUCAAGACUGUCCACGAAGUGAUCAGUCGCGAGAACGGUACUGUCACGGCUGCGCAGGAUGAGCUGCUCGCGUCGCUGUGGACGUCGCUCGGUGGAAACAGGCGCGAGCUGAAAGGGAAGAAACAGCAUCUCGUGCUGUUGAAGGGACUCGGAGCGUACCGCAGACGGGCACUCGCACAUGUCACGGUUGCGCUGCAGACGCUGCAUGCCUUGAGUGCGGACCUGGAGGAGCUACGUGAGAGGGUGGCUGCGCCGGAGAUCCUUGGCGAGCAGAUACCUGUGGAAGUGCAUAUGCAGGCUAUCCAAGCCGGGCUCGAUCGCCUGAAGGAGGGACAGACGAAGGCACGAGAGAGGGAGGCGGUGAUUUUUCGUCGUCUUCUCGGUUCAGGUGCACCGGAGUUGGAUGGAUGA